UGAUAUUUAGAAGGGAGUAACAAACAGUUAAAUACACAUUUGAAGAAUGUCGAAAUUCUCGCUUACAGCAUUGAUUUGCUUUGUUUUGACCUACCAUUAUUCAAAGGCUGCAUCCCUUAAUCGUGUAGUUGGAGGCACAAACGCGCAUGAAGGACAAUUUCCCCAUCAAGUGUCUUUAAGACGUAAUGGUUCUCACACCUGUGGUGGUUCUAUUAUAUCCAGGAAUUUCAUUUUAACUGCAGCACAUUGUGUGGGUACUAGCGAUAGCCAGGGACAUUAUUAUUCGUAUGAUCCAAGUGUUUUCACUGUGCGUGUUGGUACUACAGACCGAUUUCAGGGCGGUGUUUUAGUGAGGGUUGCUGAAGUUAUUACUAACGAAGACUAUGGAAAUUUCUUAAAUGAUGUUGCUCUUCUGCGGCUUAAAGAACCUAUCAUAUUCUCUGACAAUAUUCAACGGAUUCCCUUGGCUACUACUGAAGUUCCUGUAGGAGAAAACGUGAUAAUUUCCGGUUGGGGCCGUAUAAAGCAAGGUGGUGAUUCACCGCAAAAGCUGCAAUGGAAUGAGUUGACAGCAAUUUCGCGCAAGGAAUGUAAAGAACAAAUUGGUAUGGAUUCAGAUUCUCUUAUUUGUUUGGCUCAUCAACCCAAUAACGGUGCCUGCAAUGGCGAUUCCGGAGGUCCUGCCAUAUAUAACGGGGAGCUUGUUGGCAUAGCAGGCUUUGUUUAUACCGGUUGUGGAUCUUCAUACCCCGAUGGAUAUGCCAAAGUAUAUUAUCAUGUUGACUGGAUUAAAAAACAUUCCGACUUGUAAUUGGCGAGACAAACUGUAUUAUUUUCUUUAACCUACAUACCUAUUAAGAGUUUCUCAUAU